GAUAGAAGUUGGAGUCAUAAUGAGUCAGCUAAAUGAAGAAUACUUAGUGCUGCUGUGGGAAUACCACAAUGACCAGUCAGGACUUAAAUGGGUAGUAAGAGCCAGUAGGAAGAAGGGAGGUAGAAUGGCUUCACAGAAAACAAUGAAGUCCUGUGGAAUCCUACUGUUGCUGCUCAGCUGUUCAUUUACGUCCAAUUACAAACCAAGCGAAGGUCACAUCACCGCAACCCUGCCUCUGGGGACGCCACGCUUCCACGCGAGACCCCGCUUCCACGCUUUGCUCUGGGGUACCCAGGAGGCGGAAGGGACGCGCCUGCAGUGACGCACUUACCCUGCGCGACUGACGUCACUGCCGGGCGCCAGGCGGCACGUUGGCCGGGAUUUCGGCGGGCUUCCUGGGCACAAAAAUGGCUAUGGCCAGUGAUUUCUACCUGCGCUACUAUGUAGGGCACAAGGGCAAGUUUGGACACGAGUUUCUAGAGUUCGAGUUUCGGCCGGACGGAAAGCUUAGAUAUGCCAACAACAGCAAUUACAAAAAUGAUGUCAUGAUCAGAAAAGAGGCUUAUGUACACAAGAGUGUAAUGGAAGAACUAAAGAGAAUUAUGAUGACAGUGACAUCACCAAAAGAGAUUGAUGCUUGGUGGGCCUCCCCGUGAACGAGGGUUUGGCGUCGACGUCUGGAAAUUGUAAUUGGAGAUGAGCACAUUUCUUUUACUACAUCAAAAAUAGGUUCUCUUAUUGAUGUAAAUCAGUCAAAGUAA